GGGACAAGUGAAUCAGCUGUCUGUCAAAGUUUAUCUAUAUAAUAAAUAAACAAUAAUAAACUUUGCUCUUUAGGAAGCUGAGAACAGAACACGUGUUUGUGAUCACAGGAGCUCUGAGCGGCCUCCGGGGCCUCCGGGGCCUCCGGGGCCUCGAAACCCAAAGAAAUGUCUUCAGAAUCUGUUGAACCCUGCCGAACAAACCCCGUAUCUCCAGGUGUUGGACAUCCUCCUUCAGCUGAACGAAAUUCAAAUUCAAUCAGCUUUUCUGGCAUGAAUGCAGAGCGACAGUACUGGCAGAGCUGCAUGUAAAUUACACAAGGACAACACUGUAAAAAAGGAUUGGAUCAAUAAGUUAUAGUAACUUCUUUCUAUAAUUUACCUCCACUUAACAUAAUAAGUUAUGAAAUUUCAACUUAAUUUAAUAAGUUAUCACUAUCACAACUCAGGUUUGUAAGCCAGUUCAGUGAAAUGUAAAUUUCAAUGUGUCAACUUAAUUUAUAAGUGUGAGUUGGAAUAUGACAACCGGAUCUCUUAAAAAGUGACCAUGACCCCGGUGUGGCGACAGUAUUAAUGCGCGGUGCAAAUAGUCCUGAAUAUUUUCUCUUGAUCUGAUAUACGACUAAUAACUAUGCUGAUUGAUUUUUGUAACACAUUAAUGAGGCGCACCACCCAAUUGCAAUUCCCCAUUGAGAGAAGAAGAGGCUACUGACAAUGGUGAGCAGAUAAGUAGCGGAUGAAUACGUUAUUUUCCAGCAAGAUGUGGAUGAGACUUGGCAGCGGAAAAGCGGGUCUUUUCGGAUUGGAGCAAGAGAAGCAAGGUAAAAGUAGUCUACAAUGCUGCUGCGUGUCAUCAUAUCAGAAAAUGAAGACAUCCCAUCCAGUGUUGAGGAGCUGUAUCAGGUGUUGCGAACAAAGCUUGGUCUGAGAGGUGGAUUCAUUUUGCAAUUUGAGGAUCCUGAGUUCAAUAAUCAGUUGUGCAACCUAACAGACAUCAAAGACCUUCCUGUGGGUGGGCAACUGUGAAAGUGUUGUUCACAGCUGAUGACGUCUCAGAUUCUACACUGGACACUUGCAGCCUCCCUUCUCUUAGUAGAGAUUGUGUUGAAUGGCCUGACCCCUUCCCGAUUCCACAGUUCUCACAUGAUGUGGAGCUGCAGCUGAAAGAAGCCAAUGCUAAGGAUGGAUCUGUAAUGGUGAUUCCUAAAGGUUUAAAGACAUUCUUGAUAUACUGGCCGACAGUAUGUCAAAGAUUAGUGCUUAUCCUGAGAGGCAUCACUAUGAGAAUGAAGCCAAAGCACUUGUGGAGAAGCAUCCUAGUCUGAAGGAGCCAGGGUCGGAAAUGGGAUGGUACUCGUGGUUUCACAGCCUGAAAUUUAAGCUUGGAAACUAUCGGCAAAAGUUAAGUGCAGCAGGAUGCCCUGAGGUGGUGGUAAAGAAAAGGAGAAGGUUCGAAGGGGAAAGUGUAAAGAAGUCAAAGAAGGGUGAGGUCAACUACUGUCCAGAUCCGCCUGAAGGACAGAGUCCUGAAAACAUGGAGGAGAAGCGUAAUAUGAUGGAGGCUGAAAUGCUGAAAAGAGACCCUGAUCCCCAGCUGGUAGAAGACCUGAUGGUUGCUACGUUUUCCCAGCGCAGAAAAGAGAUAAUUGGAGAUCAGCCACUCAUCACAGAAGUCAUUUCCAGAUGGCCAGCUCUGUUGCAUGAGAGACAGAUCAGGACGGAGUUCAAGAGAAUGGUCACCAAAGACCUUCUGGAAUAUUUUCUCGACAGACGUGAUGGCCUGGUCCCAAGACUGCUAGAGGUGUACAAAGCAGCAACCAAGACUGGAAAGAAGCAAUCACUCAAAGAUAUUUUGGACUGCCUUCAGAAAGAUGAUACAAAUGAGAAGAGAAGGACUGCUGCCUUGCUUGGUCUGCCACACUACAUAUCAGGCGAAGAUCCAUCAACUGUAGUCAGGAUGUGUGACGCUCACAGGGAGACUCUGGAUGAAACCAUGAAGGGGAUGCAACUUGGCCUGCUGAACGGGAUGCCUUUCCACGGGAGGUCUUCGAGAUAGCUGUUGUGGUUGAGGAGACAACAUUAAAGAUGUGGCAUGCAGCUUGGCCAUGCUCAUGGGUGUCAUCUACUGUGUCAAUCUCGAGUACCCAGAAGCCAUGAAGUAUUCCUUUGAGGUUCUUCAGAGAGUGGUGAUGAAGAUAAAACCAGACCAAGCAUCUGCCCGAGAACAUGGACUAAGAAACAGAAUCCUGAGGUACAGACUGUAACACCUGCUCCUCAUUUUCUCAAGAUUCUCAUGUGGAUAUUGUUCCUGUCAAGACUUCAUUGUUCUCUUUUAUAUGCACUUUCAGCACUGUUCUGUACUGUGGAAAAACAGCACUGUCUCACAAUUUAAAACUUAAUUUUGAGAAUGAUAGAGGGGACAAAACACUGAUCCUCCCCACUUUUUUAUUGGACGGAUUGUGAGAGCUGAUAGUCUCGACUGUUCCAAGUCUUGUGACGUUAGAAGUGGAGUACUUAAGACAACACAAACCAGCCUCAAAGUUCUUUAUCUUCAAUGGAACAAGACUGUAAUGGACUUGGACAUUUGAGUUUUGUGCAUUUCCUUUUCAAUAUUACUACUCAUUAGUCACCAUGUUGUAGAAAUCACAAGCAUUUUACUGAUUACAGCUGAUGGUAUCAACUGUUCUCUCCUCAGACGUUUUUCUUUAUGUUUUUUGAUUGUUAAAUGCAGUUGCAGGCAAACGGUCUCAAGGUUUAUAUCAUCUCAUUUAAAUGAACUGAUUGGUAUAAGAGUUGGUUGGGUUGACCUCGCUCUUCAUAGGUGACUAUGUUUAAAUACUGUUAGAACAUGUUAAAUUAUCAUAAAUAUGGUCUCACUUUGGCACUUGUGUAGUCUGAGAUGUUUUCAUUGGCUUUUAGGCUUGUUGUGUCAAUUACAAGUGUAUCUGAAGGAGACGAAGGCUGUGAGUUGAGGUACUUACAAUAAAUUGUUGAAUACGUGAA